AUGGACGCUUCACUUGACAAUAAAGUGUCGAAUGUCAGCCUCAUGGCAAUAUAUCAUUCGGAAUCCCUCAUCCAAUGUUCCUCUAUAUGUUGUGGUGAACGUUGUGCAUGUUUUGGCUUUAAUCCCCAACUACAGAAGUGCCGUAUCUAUCAGUCAUGUGACCCAGCACACAUGACCAUUAUUGAAACAGGAUGGGAGAAUUUUUUUCCUGACGGAUGUGGGAUUUCUCUGAAUAGAAGCUGUAUGGAGAUUUUAGAAUGUAACCCAAACGUGAAAGGAGAAGAUGGGUUAUAUUCGAUAAAUAUUGAUGAUCAGGAAAAGAAAGUGUACUGUGACAUGACUACAGAUGGAGGGGGCUGGACGGUUAUUCAAAAACGACAGGAUAAUUCUACAGACUUUCAAAGAAAUUGGACAGAUUACAAGAACGAAUUUGGAGACCCAUCCAAAAACUACUGGAUUGGGAACGAUGCAAUUCACUAUUUAACAAACAUAAAUCAAGAACUACGAGUGGAGCUGUUGAGUUUUGAUGACGAGAAGGCAUACGCCCUGUAUUCCACAUUUCAAGUUGGAAACGAAAGCAGUAAAUACCGGCUUACAGUGACGGGGUAUAGUGGAACAGCGGGAAACAGUUUAGAGUACUGCAAUGGAGGGAAGUUCAGUACACGGGAUCAAGAUAAUGAUGAGAGGAGGGUUGGUAACUGUGCGAAUCAUAGGCACGGCGCCUGGUGGUACAGGGACUGUGGUACCGCCAACCUGAACGGGAAAUACGCCGGGCCUGCUGUGACAGAUCAAGCGAAACUAUCUAAACAUUGCGGAACAAAAGUUCGGGAAUUCAAACCAAGACAAAAUGUGAUGGUUCGUGAUUAUCGCACCCCGGGUCAUCGAUGGAUACCAGCAGAAAUUGAGGCACAAAGAGGACCACUUUCAUAUACGGUAGAUCCAGGAUUUGGUACAACUUGGCGUCGGCACACAGAUCAACUUCGUACAGGAUAA